AUCCCAAUACACAUCAAGUGCAUGUAAUGAUGUAUGACUGACCAUAGCGACAGAGGUUUCAGAAAAAGAAGAAUGCUGCAUAUGGUGGUCUUCAUCCUCUAGGUUCACAAAAGACAUGUACUCUGAUAAUGACGGAGGCUUUGAAUUCCCACGAAAAAAGCACAAUCAACACAAACUUCUUUGUAUAGCCUCGAAGGACCAGAUUGGGAAACAUGGAUUUGGUUGCAAGAUGGCGCCGGUGUGUAUGUCUGUUGGGUUAUAACUGAACAGUUGAAGGUCUAAGGUUGCCACCACCGUCAAACUACAUUUCCCAUAAUGCACCAACAAAAUGGCUGCUGAUCACAAAUGAAAACACCUGAACAGGAAUAGUAGCUCAGUCUUCAAACAAGCCAAGGAACAGCACAGCAAGCUCUACUCAAGAGUUUACUCCAAAGACACCAAUGUUGAUAACCAACGGAGCAGCCUGGAGUGGAAGAUAAAGGGCUUCAUACCAGAUAAGCUGUGGACGGAAAAAGGAAAUAAAGAUGGCAGAAGAGGUCUUGGGGAAGACUGUCAAACUACUGAAGCAGGAGAGGACCAUUGCAAAGAGCAGCUUCACCAAACUGGCCAACUUCAUUUCAAGGGGAGCAAACACCAUGCUGAGAGCCGAAUUAAAGGAGGAAUUUGGAAAACUUUCAGACCGGUUCAGGUCAGUGCUUGAUUCUAAUGAGGACUACAGGAUCGGACUGGAGGCUGACGUCAAGGCGGCGGAUAAUGAAGCAGAACUUGAUAAGCAGCAAGAAACUGACAUAAAGACAACCAUAAAAGAUGCAGAAAUUAAAAUGGAGGAAGUAAGGGACAUUGUACAAACUAACAUGUGGGGAAGAUAUGGAAAGAACGAACUUAGAACAUCGAUUCUCGAAGCAGAAGAAGCAAUUGAUGAAGCUGACAGAGUUCAAGUCAGAAGUGACAAUCUAGAAGGCUAUGAAGUUCACCUCACCUUAUUGGAAGAAAAGAUAAAUGCAGCCAUCUCAGCAAUGUCUGAGUGGGAGAGAUGGAUCCCCGAAUCAUCAAAAGAUGAACUGGCUGGGAGACUUAAAGAACUGAGAGCAACCCACAACAGGCUACAAUUGAGAAAAGCAGAGUUUGCCAUAUCAAGGAGGCUGGCUGAUCAAGGCACAAGUGGGAAACCUGUCCAACCACCACCACCUGUUGUGAAGAUAAAACCAACUACUCUGCCUGUCUUCCAGGGAAGUAAGAGAGAGUUCCACAGGUGGAGAAAGGACUGGGAGAGCCUGCAAAGGCAGGGGGAGCCCACUGGCUCACCUGAAGUUCUGAAGAUUCAGCUUCUGGAGAGUGUGAGCGAGACCAUUGCAAAAGAAUUAAGACUUUCAACCUAUACAACAGCAGCUGACAUGUUUAGGGUCCUGGACAAUAGAUACGGCAACAAGUCCACCAUUACAGUUGAAAUCCUCGAAGAACUAGACAAUAUGCCUCCAGUGAAGGGGAACCAGCCGAGGAAAGUCAUUGACCUGAUUCAAUCUGUGGAGAAGGCACUGGCAGAUCUGACAGAGCUGGGGAACGUGGGAGCCAUGAAAAAUCCAUUAGUCAUCAAGUCCAUUGAAAGCAAGUUACCCGACUUCAUAAAAAGAGACUGGCUAAUGUUCCUGGUCAACCCUGAAAAUAAUGUCACUGCAGAUACUCACUUUGACAUGCUCUUGAAAUUCCUGAAGAAUCAAGAAGAGAUACUGGAGAGACUUGAACAACUUAAAAUUGUGGACAAGAUAGACAAGCCAGAGAAAAGGCAUGAAAGAAAGACUGCAUCAACCAGAGCUACAAAGAAAGAAGUUGAUGAGGGCUGUGGUGUCUGUGGUGAUCGUGGACACAGCAAAAAGGUCUUCUUCUGCAAGAAAUUUAAAGCUUUGAAACUAUCCGAAAAGAAGUCUGUUCUAAAGAAACUGGGAGCAUGCAGCAAAUGCUUAGGAUACCAUGAUGAUGACGGAUACUGCAGGGAAAAUUUUUUAUGCAGGAAUACAGACUGCAAAACGGGAGGAACUGGUCCAGACCACCAUUAUUUCCUGUGCCCAAAAACUGAAUCCAGAAGAGGAGAAGGGGGCAAAGGUGGAAGAGAUGAAAGAAGUAAAGGGAAGUUCACAGAGGAACAGGAGAAGUUCUUGUCACAACUUUCCCCAGAACUAGCAGAGCAAUGUCGAAAGGCAUUCACUAACAGGUCCUCAGUGACACUCAAAACAGCAGGCCAGUCUGAGCUACUGAAGAAGAAUGGGCUGAUUGAACUUCCAGUGAUCAUGAUGCUGAUGCAGGUGACGGCGAACGCAGGUCAAAAGAUUGGUACCCUCAUUGACCUAGCAUCUGACACCAAUUACAUAACCCACAAAGCUGCUGAAAGAUUGGGCCUGAGGAGUGAAGAGAUAACCCUGGUCAUACAUGGGGUUGGUGGAAUGACUAUGCGAGUCAAUACAAGAAGGUACCUCCUAAAGGUCAGAGUCAAGACUCCAAAAGGGACUGAAAGAGCACAUCAACUAGUCUGCUAUGGCCUGGAUGAAAUUGCUAAGGUGUAUCAAACAAUUCAGCCUGAGAAGUUAAAAAGAUUCUUCCCAGAUGUCCAGCUCGAAGACCUGAAGAGACCAGCCGAAGUUGAGCUUCUCAUAAGCCACCGUGAGGGAAGACUUGCACCUCAAAGAGUCAAAGUCAUCGGAGACCUUGUUUUGUGGGAAAGCCCAUUGGGGAAAACAGUGGGCGGAGCCCAUCCUGACUUAUUUGAAGAAGUGGAGGUGGCAGCAUAUGAGUCAAGAACCCAUUUCGCUCGCUCCAUGCGAACCGCUGCUGUCAGAUAUCAGGAGAUCACAGUUCCAACAACCAAACCAGGCUGGCAACUGCAGGAAGAUGCGCUGUCCAAAUUUACAUCUGCCAGUAACCGUGGGUUCCUUGAGUGGUGGCACUGGGACAGCAUCGGAGCCGCAUGCGAGCCAAGGUGUGGAGGGUGUCGAUGUGGAAACUGCUCACCAGGAGGAAGAGACAUGACCUUAGCAGAGGAGAGGGAGCUUGAGAUCAUUAAAGGAGGCCUCACCUACAAGGAAAGGGAUGCUCACACACCUACACCACACUGGGAUGCAAAGUAUCCUUGGACUGAAUGUCCUACAUCUCUCCCUGAAAACAAAAGGGCAGUCCAGGCUUGCUUCUUAAGGAUGGAAAAGCAACUAAGCAAGGAACCAGAAUGGAAAGUCGCUUAUGCAACCCAAAUCCAUGAAAUGGUCGAAAGAGGUGUAGCCAUGAAACUCACCAGUGAAGUCAUGGAGAAGUGGACGGGACCAGUGUGGUAUGUCAGCCACUUGGUGGCGCCUAACCCUCAUUCAGUGACAACACCAGUUCGCAUUGUCUGGAACAGUAGCCAGAAAUACAAAGGGGUAAGCAUGAAUGAUCUUCUUCUAAAGGGACCAGAUGUCCUUAACCCCAUCAGAGCCAUCCUACUAAGAUUUAGAGAAGGCGUGCAUGCAGCUCUAGGAGACGUAAAGAAGAUGUAUAACUCUGUCUGGUUGGAGGAGCGUGAGAUGCAUCUACACAGAUUCCUGUGGAGAGACAGCCCAGAAAAGGAGAUCUGUGAAUACGCAAUCACCAGAGUUAACAUCGGUGACAAACCCGCUGGUUGCAUUGCACAGUUGGCUAUGAGGGAGACUGCGAACCUGCCCAAAUUCACUCACUUGGUGGAUGAACGAAGAGUUAUCGAAGAAGACAGUUAUGUGGAUGACCUCUUAACCUCCCACAAUGACCUGCACAGACUUGACAACAUCACAGCAAAUGUUGAAGAGAUUCUAAAAGCUGGAGGCUUCUUCCUUAAACCAUGGGUCCGGUCAGGGCAAAGUGGGAGGAAAGGAGCUGAAGCAGAUGUCCUAAGCCAGGAGCAAAGGAAAACCUUAAUUCUUCCAAACCAAAUGAGGGAAGGGGACAACAAAGCCUUGGGCAUUGGCUACCAAGUGGAUGAGGACAAGCUCUACAUGCUGACCGCUGUGAACUUUUCUAAAAGGAAGAAGAAAAUGCGAGUUGGCAAAGAUCUUCUCGAAGAGGAGGUGAGAACUGAAACACCUAACCCACUGACUAGAAAAGCUCUCUUAAGCCAAGUUGCUGCACUGUAUGACCCAAUUGGCCUAGUUGCACCGGUCAAGCAGAAAGGAGCGAUUCUUGUUCCUUUUAGAAAAGUUCACAGCGGUCAGCAUGUAGAGCUUGUCCUCAUCCACUUGGUAGCCAAUGCCCAAGGCUUUGUUGUCCCCUUCCCUCAUUUGGUUUGGAAGAAUUAAGGUUUUCCUUUGCUCCUGGCUUAGGACAUCUGCUUCAGCUCCUUUCCUCCCACUUUGCCCUGACCGGACCCAUGGUUUAAGGAAGAAGCCUCCAGCUUUUAGAAUCUCUUCAACAUUUGCUGUGAUGUUGUCAAGUCUGUGCAGGUCAUUGUGGGAGGUUAAGAGGUCAUCCACAUAACUGUCUUCUUCGAUAACUCUUCGUUCAUCCACCAAGUGAGUGAAUUUGGGCAGGUUCGCAGUCUCCCUCAUAGCCAACUGUGCAAUGCAACCAGCGGGUUUGUCACCGAUGUUAACUCUGGUGAUUGCGUAUUCACAGAUCUCCUUUUCUGGGCUGUCUCUCCACAGGAAUCUGUGUAGAUGCAUCUCACGCUCCUCCAACCAGACAGAGUUAUACAUCUUCUUUACGUCUCCUAGAGCUGCAUGCACGCCUUCUCUAAAUCUUAGUAGGAUGGCUCUGAUGGGGUUAAGGACAUCUGGUCCCUUUAGAA